GGACUCCUCGCUCCGGCUGUGUUGGACUUCCUUCUUCCAGUGGCGAUACUAAAUCUGCUUUGAAAUGACAAAGCGUUGAACUGUUUUAGUCCGGACAACAGAAGGCGAAAAACUAACAGGAGAACCUAUAAAACUAUCCCCCCUCCUGCUUAUCCCUGUGUCGACUAAUGUUUGGUUGCCAUGGUUGGGACUAAAGAAUGUUUCCACCCAGCUCCUGCACUUCUGGAAAAACCCGAUGUGCGCGCUGCUUGUCGUUUAUUCUGCAGCCGCCAAGAACCUGACAGGCAUUUCCGGACAUUCUCUGUCUUUCACCCCUCGUUUUUGUCUACCUUCCCAACAGCCCUCAGUAUGGCCGAACCGGCUGAAUUGCUGCUUGUCAGGGACCAGUAUGAGUUGGCCCUUCAUUCCCUGAGUCGUGGAUUGGCGGCAGAAGAGGCUGACAACACCCCCGAGGCCCUCGCAUCUUACAGGAAAGGUCAGCUGCAUCUCACUCAGGGACUGGAGGUCCCCACCAGGGGGGAGAGGCACCGGGGGGCGGUCUGGGACACGGCCAGGCAGCUCCAGCAGAGGAUGGCCGACACUCUGAGGACCGUGGGCGCGCACCUUUCUGACCUAGAAAAGUCCCAGCAGACCACGAGAGAGCGGAGAGGCUUACUGCUGAAGGAUCUCCCGCCUAAUCUUUAUCCAGACUUGGCAGCUAACAGCCAGCCGCCUGGGAGCGCUCUCCACCAUCUGUACCCCACCAUACCUGCUGUCACCCAAAACCCAGCCCCAACCCCCAACACGGGCUCAGCCAGCCCUGCUGUCCUCGCCCUCCCACACACACACACGUCCCCAGAGGCUCUGGAAUCUGCAGCCAUGGACAGCCCGGGAGAGCAGCCUCCAGCGUACACGCCAAAGCCCUCAGAGGGCCACCGCAGCCUGGGCCACGGUCCCACCGGACGUGGCCCCGGGUCAGAAAAACAGAGCGGAGCAAUGGCGUCCGGAGGAGAUGGACACGAGCUGCUUUCCAUCCCCUCUGGGGUGCAGCUGUUUUUUGUGGAGCCCAGCGGGCAGGUCAGCUCUUUGUCCUAUCCGGGAUACCUUCGAAUCAUCUCUUUGGAAAACGAGCCGAAGGCGUCCUCCGCUGGAAAAGCCUCUGCGUUCUUAGAUGUGUGUGACCGGCUGUACCCACUGACGACGGACACCCCGGUGCUGCUGGCUAACUCGGGGAUAUUCAUGUUUCCUCACACCUUGGCGGAGACGCCGGGGUCCUUUGUGGGUAUAGUGCUCUCCUCUGAACUCCCUGCUGCUGACCGGGAGAUGUUUCAGGAUCUUCUGUUGCAGCUGGCAGAUUUUAGGAUCCAGGGCCCAGAUGGGAAAGAAACAGAAGCCAUAAACCUGAGUACGAAAGUACCCCUUGGUCCCCUUAACAAGCAAAGAGAAGAGACCGAAAAACUACUGCUGCCUGGAUGGAGUGAGAAGAUGGCACAAGGAAUCUUGACAGGAGCCACGCGGUUAAGUGAGUCACUAGCAAAAGGGGCUGAGGCCACGGGGAGCUUCAUUCACAGAGGAGCUGCCAAGAUUCGUGACCGCAUCACACCUGAGGACUCUCCCUCAGAGGUCAGCCCCCGGGUCACCAAAGGACUGCAUGUGGCUAAACAGGCCACAGGUGGCGCUGUGCGAGUCAGCCAGUUUAUAGUGAAUGGUGUGAGUACAGUUGCAGAGCACGUAGCAGAUAAGGUGGCACCCCAUGUGAAGAAACAUGGAACCAAGCUGGUCCCAGAAUCUCUGAAGAAGAGCCAAGAUGGCCGUGCCUCUAACUUGAGUGGAGCUAAGUUUGUAGCAGCCAGCGGUGUUCAUGGUUUCUCUACUGUUUGGUCAAGUCUGGAGGUUGGAGCAAAGCACGUUUGCAAAAGUGUUGCAACUGAGACAGUCUCGACAGUGAAGUACAAAUUUAGGGGAUUAGAGAAUCUUUUUAACAUGCCCAGCAACAAAUGACUGCGCGGGGGAGUAAAGACAAAGACUUGUGAACUAACAACUGAUGCUGCUAACCCUUUCUUGUACAAUCCUUCACUAACCUAUCAGGUUAGAAAAUGACACAAAACAUCCCAAACCUGACACAGAAUAAUAACUCUUGCUCACACAGACUUCACUUUGACAGAAUGAUUUUUUUAGCCUGUUCAUUAAAAGGCUUUGUCUGUACAAGCAACGUAAUGACUGUUCUGAACACUCAGAAGUGCAACUUGAAGUGUUUUUUUCUCAUUCAUAUCUAUUUCAUUUUAUCUUUUUGUGCUAAGCUACCAUGAUUGCAUAUUACUUUCUGAGUGCCUAAAACUAGAACAACCCACUGUUCAUGACUGGCUCCUGUGUACACACAGUAAGUACUGGGGCUGCUAGUUAAAGUGCUGCUAGCUCCACAGCUUCAGUGUCCAGUCACUGCUCCUCUGGUGUUCAUCUUUCUGGACGUGUCCACGUUAACCUCUCUUUGGUGUUGGCUUAUCACAAUAAUUGUAGAUCUUUCCUGGAGAUUUCUACAAAUAAAAAGCUACUAUACAAGAUUUGACUGUUCUUUUUUUUUUUUUUAGCCCAAAGUCUUUCAGCAGCUUUGCAAAACUGUCACACUCCAACACUUUUACACAUUCUCAUUUCCAUUUAUUUUCUCACGCAUAACCUGUCGUCUCUAACUCGGCCAUAUUAUUUGUGGCGAAG